AUGUCAACUAUUUCCCAACUUCUGCAUAAUUGUAGGGUUCGAUGUCGUAGCGUAGAAACGUAAUAAAUCGCUUGCCAAUCGUGACGCUUGUGUUCGAUUCUAACUUCUCCAAAUAUUUAAAGUUUUAUCCACGAGUACACCACCGAUCUAUAUACCAUAGAAUAUCGAAUCAUAGAUAGGAAUGCCGAUUUCAAUGGUGACUCUUGAACGGAAGAAGUAGGGCAGACGAUUUUCGGUGAACAGUGGCGUGUCUGUCGUGGUGGAAACCUUUAUGCAUUCAAGAGAAACGAUCCUUACCGGCCUUCGACUUCCUCUUCCCGUAACUGGAUAUAAUGGCGUCCGGAACUCUGUACACCUACCCAGAAAACUUCAGAGCCUACAAGGUACUGAUCGCGGCUCAGUACUCCGGCGCUCAGGUCAAGAUUGCAGAUGACUUCGUUUUCGGUGAAACGAAUAAAUCCGAAGCCUUCUUGAAGAAAUUCCCCCUGGGAAAGGUACCAGCGUUCGAAACAAACGAUGGAAAAUGUAUCACAGAGAGCAAUGCGAUUGCUUAUUAUGUGGCUAACAACCAGUUGAGGGGCAAGGACGAUCUCGAACGUGCAGAAAUCAUUCAAUGGUUUGGAUUCGCGGAUUCUGAGAUUCUUCCAGCUAGUUGUGCAUGGGUUUUCCCAUUGCUUGGUAUUAUGCCUUACAAUAAACAGACUGUGGAACACGCCAAGGAAGACAUAAAGAAAGCAAUGACUGCCCUUAAUUCUCAUUUACUUACACGUACUUACUUGGUAGGAGAACGCUUGACUCUGGCUGACAUUAGCGUAGCCAUGACACUACUUCAUUUAUACCAGUAUAUAUAUGAACCCAACUUGCGUAAACCAUACCAGAAUGUAAAUCGAUGGUUCCAAACUGUAAUUUACCAACCUGAAUCUAUGGCUGUAAUUGGUGCCUUUAAAUUGGCUGAGAAAACACUUGAAUACAAUCCAAAGAAGUUUGUAGAAACCCAAAGAAAAACUUCUAAGAAGGAGAAAAAGGAGAAGGAAUCCAAAAAGGAACCGAAAGAAGCUAAGGUAGCAGCCAAGAAGGAACCGGUAGAGGAAUUAGAUCCUACAGAUGCUGCUUUGGCUGCUGAACCCAAGUCGACAAAUCCUUUUGAUACUUUGCCUAAAGGCACCUUUGAUCUUGACGAUUUCAAGAGAUUUUAUUCCAACGAAGACGAGGCAAAAUCCAUACCAUACUUCUGGGAGAAGUUUGACCCAGAACACUACAGCAUCUGGCUUGGUGAAUAUAAAUUCAAUAACGAAUUAACAAAGGUUUUCAUGUCUUGCAAUUUAAUCAGUGGUAUGUAUCAACGAUUAGACAAAAUGCGUAAGGCUGCAUUCGCUAGCGCAUGUUUAUUCGGCACGGACAAUAACAGUAGUAUCAGUGGUAUUUGGGUUUGGCGCGGACAAGAGCUCGCUUUUACGCUGUGUCCAGACUGGCAAGUAGAUUAUGAGUCAUACAGUUGGACCAAGUUAGAGCCGAGUAAAGACGAAACAAAACAGUUGGUUCAACAAUACUUCAGCUGGACUGGUACCGAUAAAAUGGGGCGUGAAUUUAACCAGGGAAAAAUUUUCAAGUAAACCUUUGCCCUAUGCUUGCUAUUAAACGGAACAUUUUGUUCGCAUGAAAUAAACGUAAAAAAAAUUGAUCUAAGUACCAUCGAA